AUGGCGGGCUUCGGCCCCUUCACCUCGCUGCCGCCCUACCCCGACCUCUGGGCGCGCCCGCCGCCCGGCGGAGAGCGCGCGUCCACGCAGCGGCUGGGCGGGCCGGAGCCGGGGACCGAACCCUCCCUGUGCUACUGGGCGGGGAGUCCGGGAGUAGAGAGCGAGGAUGGGGCGCCCUGGCUGCACCCGCAAUUUUUGCGCACCUCGCGAGCUCGCCGGCACGGGUACCCAGCCUCGCCGCGGGGGAGUCGCAGCCUGAACGACGUGGACAGGAGGGCACUGGACAGCGCCAGAAGGCACCCGUCCCGCAGCAGGCGCCUGGAAGCUACCUGGGAGGAGGCCGGGACCAAGGCCAGCGCGGACUGGCAGCAGCAGUCCCGGCUGCAGUCCCGACAGUCUCAGCCCUGCCCGCACUCGCCUCUGGCCCAGGGAGAUUCGCCCCCGCCUUACCACGGGGGAGCUUACACUUCCCUGGGCAGAACUGGCAGAGCAGAAAAGGCGCAGAGUGGAGGCCAGUGGGCAACGCCAGUCUGCAGACAGCUAGGCCGCUGGUCUUCUUCCUCGGUUCCCACGGAGAAGUCUUCUGUGCUCUCCCGAAAGUUCAGGACACAGUCGGCGCGUGAGUACGCCCAGAAAAGAGACAGCAGCGACCUGGCUGAGUCAUUGGCCAGUCCUCACUCCCAGCCCUCAGUCUCCAGCAAAGAGAUACAAAGCCAGCACACCCGGACCCUCAAGAACAAGCUGGAAGAGGCGGUGAUGUCCUCCAGGGACCAGAAGAUCGUGGCCCUGGUGCUGGCCCGGCUCGAGAAGGCCCAGAGGAUGCGGGAGCUGCAGCAGCAGGCGGCAGAAGCCUGGGAGGAGCUGAAGCGCUCGGACCAGCAGGUGCAGAUUACCCUGGAGAGGGAGCGCAGGCUGCUGCUGCAGCAGAGCCAGGAGCAGUGGCGGCAGGAGAAGGAGCAGCGCAGGACCCGCCUGAGCCGAGAGAAGCGCUGCCGGCGGCGGGACAGCCAAGUAAAGAACGAGAUCCCGAGGGAGAGCUGGUGGAGGGAGCAACUGGAGGACCAGGAGAAUCAGCGCCUGGAGAGGCUGGAGAAGACGCGCAUCCAGGCUGAGCACCGGAAGCAGCGCCAGGAGCGGCGCCUGCGGGAGCAGGAGAGGAUGCUGCGGAGGCUGCAGGAGCAGCACAGCCUGCAGCUGCACAGGAGGCUGGAGGAGGCCUGUCACAAGAGGCACCUGCAGGCCGUGGAGAGCCAGAAUAAGGUUCCCGAGACCAACCUGAGCUCUCUCGUCAAUUACCAGGCCCGGAAGGUCCUCGUGGACUGCCAGACCAAGGCCGAGGAGCUCCUUAGAAAGCUGUCCCUGGAGCAGAGGUUCCAGAGGUCCCGAGAGAUCCACCAGGGGCUCAUUAAGGAGCGGCACCGAGAGCUACGGGAGAAGGCCCAGAAGGAGGAAGAGCAGUUCCAGCACGUCAAGUGGCGCGCAGGAGAGUCCGAGGAACAGAGGAAAGUGCGCAAGAAGUUACUGGGGGAGCUGGCAGAUCAGAAGAUGCAGCAGGCCCGGAGCAGCGCGCACAAGAGCACCAGGGACAAGAUGCAGCACCUCCGGGAGCUGAACGUCCUGCGGGAGAAGAAUCAUCACAUACUGAAGCUGAAAGCCGAGAAGGAGGCGAAGUGCCACAUCGAGGGCAUCAAGGAAGCCAUUAAGAAAAAGGAGCAGAGGAUCCAGCAGAUCUCCCAAGGGAAAGACCUAACCUUCGAGGAAUUCCAAAAGCUCCCUCGAGCCUCCAGGAGAGACAUGAGAGCUUGUCCCGACAGCUCCUUUGAUUCCGUGGUACUAGAGGCCCAGCUUGCCGCCUGUCAGCAGAAAGGGAGCUACUGA